AUGGCUCUAACUGGUCCAGUACAGAGUGCAUUAACUGGUGGUUUCCAAAAAGAUGUACAUGUUGAACAAAAUGAAAUUAAUAUUGGUAAUGAAUUAAUGUUUUUGGGGAUCUUUCUAGGUGAAAUUCCAUCAAAUAUUUUAUUAAUGAAAGUUGGACCAAGAAAAUGGUUACCUUUUCAAGUAUUAGUCUUUGGAUUUGUUGCUAUAAUGCAAAUUUUCAUGAAGAAUAGAUCAGGAUUUUAUGCAUCAAGAUUCAUGUUGGGUAUUGCUGAAAGUGGAUAUAUACCAGGUGGUUGUUAUAUCAUUUCAAAUUGGUAUAAGAGUUCUGAAAGAGCUAGAAGAACUUCCAUUUAUUUCUUUGGUAUGUUUGGUGGGUAUGCCAUAUCACCAGUCUUAUGUUCAGCUAUUUUGUUACUUGCAGACAAAAGAAAUAUUGCUGGAUGGAGAUGGAUUUUCCUUUUAGAGGGUUUAUUAACUUUAGUUGUUGCUUUUAUAAUGUUAUUAUUCUUACCAGGAUCACCAAAAAAUCCAUAUCCAUUAUUCACCAAAAAAUUGUCAUUAUUCAAUGAACGUGAUAUUCAUAUUUUACAAAAUAGAUUAGAUGAAAAAUCAUCAGAGCAGUUGAAUCCAAUAAAGCUCAGUCAUCUAAAGAAAACAUUACUUGAAUGGAGACGUUAUCCACAUUUAUUUGCUACUGAGAUAGUCUUUGGAACUUGGGCACCAUUAACAACAUAUACACCAACUAUAUUAUUCACAUCUGGAUUUUCAAGAGUCUCUGCGAAUGCACUUACAGCUAUAGGUGGUGGGUUAGCUUUGGUUGUUGUUUUCAUAUUCGCUUAUGUUAAUUAUGUUUCCAGGAAAAGAGGUAUCACAGUACUUAUUGCUACAGCUUCAUAUGGUAUUAUUCUAAUUAUACAUAGACAAGUGUUACCACAAGUUUCUCAUGAUAAAUGGAAAGUAUUUGGAUUAUGGACUUUAGUUAACGCAUUUGCUGUUGGUUAUCAUCCGAUUCAAAAUACUUGGUUACAACUAAACUGUGAUUCUCCACAGGAAAGAAGUAUUUCAAUUGCACUUUGGGUAAUGUUUGCCAUGAUUGGACUAAUGAGUGGAUCUCAGUUGUUUAGACAAGAUGAUAAACCUUUAUAUCAAAAGGGAACUUUAGCCAUGAUUUGUAUGGUUUUUGGAGGAUUCCUCAUAUCCUUGGGACAGUAUCUCUUAUACUAUCAUCUAAACAGGAAAAAGCAAUCAAAUGAGCGUAAAUGGCUAUUAUAA